AUGGAGUUACUCGAUUUCCCCCCGGAGAUCUUUAGACGCAUGAUUGACUAUCUUGUGAGCGGCGCUGGGGUGAUCGAAUCUUGGAAGCUGCGUGGAGUCUGUCGCACUUUCGAUCAAGAGAUCAGCGAGAACAUAUUAGCCAUACAACCCAUGGGAGCUUUCCGCUCUCAUCUCGCAUGUCGCCUUCUUAGCGAGCCAGAGAACAUGAAGCAUUACCUCGCAUACCACGUAAAGAAUCCACGCGAUGUUUUUCUCGAACUGCCUACGAAGAUACGAGAGAUGGUAGAGUAUGUUACCAAGGAACUCGAGGCCGAAAAUGAUUGCCAAGAUCGCAAUAUCUUACUCGAAGUUUGCGCCUGUGUGGCAGACACGUGUCGAUACACCGGGGACUUGCUAUGGACCUCUGAACCGGACCUCUGUUACGAAUCUUGGCUCACAUUUAGGAAUGAGUGGUGCCAGAAGCAGUGCGAAUCUCCAGGCUCGGGUUUGGACUGGCAUGAGAAAUUUAUCGCGGCGUUAAGCGUACGCGCUUACGGGCUAGUCGCUAGGUUGCUACCUGAUGCGCCCAGAUAUCUUCGACAGAGUGUAUGGGAUUAUCCAAUCUCAGCUGCUGUUCGGCUUGGAGACUCAGAGAUGAUCACACUUAUGCUUGAUGUCCUGGAUCAGGAAAAGAGCAAGAUCUGGAAAAGGAACCAGAUGCUCGACAGCGAUUCUAUAUACAACAUUCAAGUUGGUGUCUCACACUCUAUCACCAACAACCACGCCGAAAUGACAGCCGUCCUGCUUGGAUACCUCCGCGGCUAUAAGUCCCUCACAAACAAGCCUUGUUAUCGUGAGUGGGUUAGACUCGCCAUUGACUGCCAGAACAACGAGUCACUGAAGUCUCUUCUCCAAGUUACAGCCGAGGACAGCCCCUAUCACAUCGUCAAUAGAACCUUCGAACAGGGUUGUAGAAAGGGCAGCCUCAAUAUCGUCAAGACGCUUCUCAAAUACGGACAAGUACAACUGCACUCUAGCAGCAGUACCUCGUCAGCACUGGCAGCUUCCAUAAGAUCAGGUACUGUAGAUAUGGUUCGGGAGGUGGUUGAAGCUGGCGCCGACAUCGACUACGCUAUGACUACUCAUCGAAUCGCUAGACGCACCACUAUCACAUCAUUGGAAUACGCCAUACACAUCAAGAAGUAUGAUGUGGUAGCUUACUUGAUCGAAUGUGGAGCGAAAGUCCCUUCGGAGAGCAUUUGGCCCUCUCGAGGUAAGAUACUCAAGGUCCUCCAGAAGGCUGUGGAAGAGCGAGAAAAGAAAAGUAAGACAUCUAAGGCAGCCAAGAUAGCUAAGUGA